AUGAUUCUUUGCUUCGUCAACACUGUUUUGUUUCCGGGGCUACAGAGGGCUGCAGCGAAGCCUUCAUCCCUCAUGAGGUUACAUAGCGAUAAUCAACGAUUGAAGACGCUACGCCGCUUGGAUCACGUUCAAGGAAUCUUUCCCGGCUUGGACCACGUUGUUGGUCGGCGUGGACUCAAGGAAACGAACCAGCAGAUCGGUUGGGCAAAUGGCGCCGAUGAAAGCAAGCGGGACCCAGAUGGAAAACCCCGCCGAGGGGAAGUUGUGGAAACCGUGGGAACGUGGACCGCAGACAAGGACGAUGAGGCGGGAGAUCUGAGCGAGUCGUUCCCCACCGCAAAAAAUGACAGCCAGCAAAUAAGUGACAUAAUAGAACAGAUCAUCAUGGAAGAGGCGGAGUCCGUCCGACUCCAGAAUGAUGGGAGAUUGAUCGAAGAAUCGUGGAGAAUGGUCGAACUUUUCCAGAAAGACCCUGCGCAAUAUCUUGCUAGUGGUUUCCAUCUAAAGUUGGACAAGGACGGCCGACUCCUGGCUACCACUGCGUUGCCAUUUUGGAAAGUUGAUCUGGCGGGCACCAUGAGAAGUUUCGCAGCCGCGGCUGCUCGAAAACAGUUUGGCUUGGAUCUGCAACAGCCAACACCGCUGCGAAUCGUCAACGGGAAAGGUGGUAUUGAGAUUGGAUACUCACCCUUGCCGCAGCGGGCCGCGUUUUCGGUGGGAUGGAAAGACACUGUCGUAACGGUUACUACAGGCAGACCGAAGCUCAUUCGCAUCCCCGUGCGAAACAGCAAAAGAGGAUUUGACACGACUCCGGCUAGAGGAAAUAAUAUUUCUGUUGACGUAAAGUCGGGCACCAACAAAGUCGCGACGUUUUAUGACUCGGACGACAAAGUUUAUGGUCAGAAGCUAUCCAUCGGCGACCUGGGCGUCCGUCUUCGCCACGAUUUCGAAGGCGACGUUUCAGCACCCACAAAUGUGACUGUGUCCUACAAGGAUAGGGGCAUGACAGUGGAGGCAGACCCUCCCGAACUGGCUUACGGCGUGUCUAUUUUCGGGCCAAAGGGGCGCCUGGAAGCAUCGAGGGAUUCAGACGACCGCCGGAUCCAUUUGAAAGGUCAGCUUGACGAUUUUACUGUAAUGUGGGAAAACGAUGCAAAAGACGAGAAGAGUCGCGCGGUUUCAGCAAAACUAGAGGUCGGAAGCCAGAAGGCAGGCGCCCUGGUCUCUGGUGGAGCAGAGCGAGGCGACAACGGCGAGGUGGGGGGCAGUGUAGGAUUCAAGGCGAAAGACACAGAUUUCAGUCUGGGGUUUCAGGAAGACCGACUCGACGGAAGUUUGAAGCUAGGCACCAUCAAGUACAAAAUUCAACUACGGGGGGGCUUGCCAGACUUUAUUGUUGUCAGCUGA